CCCCACCGUCAUCGAAAGGAAGACGCAUUUUUGCCGUUUGGAGCAUUCUCUACAAAAUUUUGGGCAAUAUAAUAGUCGCGCAAUUAUUUCCGGGGAUUUGCGACAUUGGCAGAUCUACAGCAACGUUUUCGCAACGCGAUUGUCCGACGCGACGGCACUGCGCAAGCUAGAAUCCGGGGCGACACAGUGAGAGACCCAGAGUGAAGUAGACUCCAAGAUUGGACACGCCAAGAUGGCACCCAAGAAGGCGCGCGAUCGUAAACGGCAGACCAAAAUCAACUUUUCACCUGCUUCUCAAUCCUUACCUGCGACUAAAUCGACUGCCGCCACGACUAUGGGAACCUCGCCGUCGCGGCCGAACCUCACGGCUAUGAGACCGACAAGACGAGCGCCUAGCAGAGUUUCCAACAAGAGCAACACCAACAAGCAUGAUUCUUCGAGCGAGGACGAGUUGGUAGUGGGAACAAACAAGGCGAUGCGGUUGGGGAUGCCAGUCGGGAGCACAGCGCGUGGUAUGUUCGAUGGGUCCAACAAUGGCUCUGCCAGCUCAAAGACGGAGGAGGAGGACGAGGACGAAGUACAAGUGGGGCAACCGAAGUCGCGAAAGCGGAGACGAGCCGCGACGCCCAGCGAGUCUGAAGACGAGGAACCGACAGUCACAGUCAUCCCACGCAAACGACAACGACGUGUAAUCGAGAUCGGAUCUGAUACCGCAGAGAAACCGAAAGAUAAAAAGAAGGAAGAGAAUAAGAAGAAGUCUUCAAAACCCAGCAAACGGCGAGAGAGGAAGGAGAGUACACCAGAGGAGGAAGAGUCACAGCCUGCACCUCGCAGCAGCCGAAGGAAGACUGCGAAGAAGGCCCCGACACCAGACGAAGAUGACGAUGAGGACGAACCUCUCACCCCUGUACCGAGCUCGAGGCGGAAAAUCGCCCGCAGGCGUUCUCCAUCCCUUGAGGAAGAAGAGGAGCAGAGCCCACCUCGAAGCACGAGGCGCAGACUGAAAAGGCGAAAGUCACUUUCAGAAGACGAGGAAGAGUCGUCAGCCACGACCCAACUUACAAAUCGUGGGGAUUCUGCGUCAGGCGAUGAAGAUGAAGAUGAGGAAGAGGGUGAGGGAAGCGCAGACAACGACGAGGAAAACGAGGAGCAAGACGAAUUGAAAGAGGAACUUGCGUUUCUGCGAUCGUCUCCAUUACCGGAUCGCGGCAGACUAAGAAGCACACAAGGCAAGCCCAAAAACAAACGCCAGGAAGCUCUAGAGGCAUUGAAAAGGCGACGUGCUGGUACCAAUGAACCAUCCUCUUCUGCGACACCUGGGCGCAAAAGAGCGGUUGUGGUGGAAACAGACUCUGAGUCUGAACUCGAGGUUAUCAAGGAAGAGCCAGAGAGUGAUCCUGAGAUAUUGGAACAGGAUGACAUCGAAGACGACGAGCAAGAGUCAGACCGCGAUGCCAACGCCCUUGACAUGUUCCAGGAAGACCAAGAAGAUGAGCACUUCAUCGACGACGACCCGGAUAAUGUACUCGGAGAACCAUCUGUCAAUGACGAUCUCGAUGAAAUGCGUCUGGCGUUCAGUCUGUCGCGUGCGAAAACACGGGAUUUGUUCAAGCACGCUGUCGAGUGGAUGGUCAUGAAGAAGAUCCAUCCAGGUUUCGAUGCGGAAAAGAACGUCUACGUGCUGACUUUCCGCAAACUGGAUGAUGAAGUGAAGGGUCUCGCAGGUUCCAAGUACACAUCCUCGGCCUGGACAGCAGACUUUACCAGAGCCAUUCGUGCAAGACCGCUGCUCUUGAUGAACGAACUCAGCGCUGCCGAAAGGGCCGUAAUGUCACCACAUUGCGAAGCCUGCAACCGAACCAACCAUACCGCCAGCUUCGAGGUCCUCUUCCAAGGCCAACCCUACCACCCAGAGACACUGGAACCUCUCGCCAAUGCCUCAGACUUUAGUUCAGACAGCGAUAGCGACAGUGACUCCGCCUUGUCUGCCGACUCUGAAACUCAACUCAACGGCGAAAAGCCAACUUUCAACUACCAAGGAGACCGGAUACCUCCAGAGUCCCACCGCUUCCCUCUGGGUUCAACCUGCAAAGCCAAUGCCCAAGUUGCGCAUACACUGUACCACUGGCGCUACAAUCUCUACCAAUGGGUCAAAGACUACCUGAAGGACGAGGGACAUCUGACUGCAGAGAAGUUGGUCAAGCGAGAUGGACGAAGUGAUCGCAAGAGGGAAAAGGAGGCGAGAAAGAUUGUGGAUACCAUGGAGGAGAACGGGCGCAUCAGGCAACUCUACCACUCCUACAAGGAUCAGCUUAGGGCAGCGGUGGAGGCAGAUAAUGAUUAUGCGAAUGGAUGGGGUAGGAGGGGUUGAUGAUUUGUGCGUCUGCUUCGACGGACAGAGCGGUACUAGUAGCCUGUAUACCUUUGUUAUUGACAAAGGAGCUGGCUUGUAUAUCAGCACAUCAUCUCAAUCCAUAACGAGCGUGGACAUUGAAAUGACAAUGAAGAGAAG